GUCCGAUUCAACACGCCAAGUGGAUGCGAUCUUGGCAGGGCCGCCGAUGAUAGCAUUCCUUUGUCCAUCAUAAAGCCAUUGAGGCACAACUGUUCGAAACGCCCAGGCGAUCAACACGAGACUGAUCUCACUCACAAGUCUAGCUCAAAACCUGCAGCUUUAUUGGCUCUCAUAUCAUCUGCUAAGCCCAGCCCCUCUUAAUCAUUCAAGCAGACUCCCUGCCCCUCGCUUGUUGUUAUUGUGGGGCCUUCUCCCCUGCCGAUCAUCGCGACACCGAGAAAACCGGGGGGCCGGCGGUCCCGCUGCCACUGCUGCUGCGCGACCACGCAGUAGGGUCACAAAUGUCUCAGAAGGAGAAAACGAAAGGGGAGGGCGGGCACAGGUAUCGUGAUUGCCGCCUUAUACCCUCGGCAGCAUUAAUUCCCACCGGGUACGACGAUGUGACGAUAAUCUGAGCUUGAACCUGUGGUGACUAGCGGCAGGCCGCCGCAGCACCGCAGGAUGCAAGAUCGACGAUUGGGCGAGCGCUUUUGGGCCCUGAAACUUCAUAACGCCCCCGACGGGCAUCCGCAUUAGACAGGGUCCACCGAUGUCCGUCCGAUGAGACUCUGCACGGCCAAGAAAAGGAGGUCCGGCUGGGCUUGACUUAAAGCUUGCUAAAUUGGCCUGGCUUGGCUGGUGAUUGAAGACUAUCAUUGCACCACAUUCUUGAUCCACUGUUCCCCAUUCCCCUCCGUCAAUGCAACCAUACUUGAUCAUAACAAAUUAAUCCUGCGCGGGUCUACCCCCCCUCUCUCUCUCUGACUUAUCUCCGUCAUUCUCGGACCCAUUUCGUUAUUUAUACAGUGGACCUUCCCCUCAAGUAUCCCUGUGGUGCAGUGAAGAUUGGUUAGGAGUCGUGUGCCCUCCCUUCGUGUCUUGUCUCCCACUAUGUUCGCGUCUCUAUUGAACCGAGGGGCCUUGUCACUGGCAGUGGUCUCCUUGUUGGCGUCCUCUGCUGCGGCUGAAGUGUUUGACAAGCUAGCUGCUGUACCUGAAGGAUGGCUCUAUUCCCGAACUCCCCGCGGAGACCAACCCAUCAAGUUGCAGGUUGCCCUAACCCAGGGUGACGCUGCCGGGUUCGAGCAAGCCGUACUGGACAUGUCGACGCCCGAUCACCCAAACUAUGGCAAGCACUUCCGCACUCACGACGAGAUGAAACGCAUGCUGCAGCCUACUGCAUCUUCGGUGGAUGCAGUCCUAGAGUGGCUCAAGGAGUACGGAAUCACUGAUAUCCAACAGGAUGCGGACUGGAUGUCGUUCCAGACGACGGUGGAGAAGGCCAAUAAUCUGCUGGAUGCCAACUUCCAGUAUUACAUCAAUCGCUACAAGCAUGUCGAGCGCCUGCGUACCCUGGAGUACUCUAUCCCAGACUCCCUUGUCUCCCACAUCAACCUCGUGACUCCGACCACUCGCUUCGGUCAGCUCCACCCAAAUCGCAUUACCCUGCACGGCAAGGCCAAGGCUGCCGAUGAGACUUUCCGUAAGGCUGCGCUGUCUGCUAGCACCGAUUGCAACAGCGCCAUCACCCCUCAAUGCCUCAAGGACCUGUACAAGGUCGGUGACUACCAGGCCGAUGCUUCCAAUGGCAACAAAGUUGCUUUUGCUAGCUACUUGGAGCAAUAUGCGCGGUAUUCGGAUCUUGCCCUGUUCGAGCAGGAUAUCGCUCCCUAUGCCAAGGGCCUCAACUUCACUGUCAUCGAGUACCACGGUGGUCUCAACGACCAGAACUCCGCGUCUGAUAGCAGCGAGGCCAACCUGGAUCUACAGUACAUUGUCGGUGUCGGCGCUCCCGUCCCGGUCACUGAGUUCAGCACUGGCGGUCGUGCACCCCUGGUUCCUGAUCUGGAUCAGCCUGACCCAAACAACAACAACAAUGAGCCGUACCUGGACUUCCUGCAGAACGUUGUCAAGAUGGAAGAUGGCGACCUGCCCCAGGUUAUCUCUACCUCCUACGGCGAGGAUGAGCAGAGUGUGCCCGCAAGCUACGCACUUAGCGUCUGCAACCUCUUCGCCCAACUCGGCAGCCGCGGUGUCUCCGUAAUCUUCUCCUCCGGCGACUCCGGCGUCGGCGCAGCCUGCCAAACCAAUGACGGCAAGAACACGACUCACUUUCCCCCUCAAUUCCCCGCCGCCUGCCCUUGGGUUACGGCCGUCGGCGCAACUACGCACACCGCACCCGAACAGGCCGUCUACUUCUCCUCCGGCGGCUUCUCCGACCUUUGGGAGCGCCCUACCUGGCAAGACGAGGCCGUCAGCACCUACCUCUCGCAGCUCGGCCAACGCCAAGCCGGCCUGUUCAAUGCCAGCGGUCGUGCUUUCCCCGAUGUUGCAGCCCAGGGUCAGAACUACGCUAUCUACGAGAAGGGCCGCCUCACCAAGGUGGACGGUACAUCGUGCUCGGCGCCCGCGUUCGCAGGUGUCAUCGCCCUCCUUAACGAUGCCCGCAUCAAGGCUGGACAGCCAACCAUGGGUUUCCUCAACCCGUGGUUGUACUCCAACACCGAUGUGCUGAACGAUAUCACCACCGGUGGAAGCACUGGCUGUGAUGGAAAGGGACGCUUCGGUGGCGCUUCCAAUGGUGGUCCCGUCAUCCCUUAUGCUAGCUGGAAUGCUACUGCGGGCUGGGAUCCUGUGACUGGCUUGGGAACGCCUAACUUUGAGAGUAUGGUGAAGUCUGCUACUUAGCAUUAAACCUGCAUAUUUUAGCAUCUAUAUGAGGACUUGGAAUUAUGAUACUUCCUCCAGGCUAAUGAUUCCCUACGAUGAAGGGCCUGUCCGGAUCGUUGCAUGUAUAUAGAUUCUUCUUGUGCGAUCGGUAUCUUUCAUAUAUAAAGGGAUUACUCUGUGUGUCUCCAAGGUCUGACUGAGUGACCGGCAUAUUAGGGGACAACGGCCGGGU